CAAAGAAAGAGGGAAUAUGCAGAGGAGCCGGUGCACAGCGCAUCCUCAGAGAAAAUCAAAAGGUCGGUGGGAUUAAAGAAAAGGAUCUCUCUUUUUCUUUCUCUGCUUUCUAAACUUUCUUGGCUUCUUUCUUACCACCCUCACCACCACCCCUCUCUUCUCUCUAUAAAAGUGCUUCUCCUCCUCCCUUGAAUUUCCCCCCUCUCCUCUCUUCUCUCAUCUCUCUUCAUUUCUUCAUUAGGCAGCUCCAUGAAUCGUAAUUGAUUGAUUAGUUAAUUAAUCAAAGAAAGAGAAGCAGGAUGCAGAGUUAGUGGGUGUGUGACAUGUGCUCUGCAAUUCCCGCAGAGGUUGCUUUAUUCGAUGCUAGUUUCCAACACUCCCCCACCAUCCUCCCAUUUCACUCUCAUCUCACAUGUUUCUGACUACUGUGUAUAUAAACAACCUCCUUUUCAUCUGGUGUUGUGAAAUUAUCAAGCUAGCUACCUAGCUGUGAAAUCAUCUAGCGAAUUCCUGGUGGUUGAUACAUAGAUAUAGCAGAGCAAAUGGCCGAAGAAGCUAAACAGCAGGAACAAGGUCCUCCGGCGGAGGAGAAGAAAGAAGAGAAGGGAGAGGAGAAGAAAGAAGAAAAAGCAGAGGAGAAGAAAGAAGAGGGUGGUGAGAAGAAACAAGAGGAAGAGGCAAAGCCGCCAUCUCCAUUCGUACUGUACGUGGACUUGCAUUGUGUGGGGUGCGCUAAGAAGAUCGAGAGGUCCAUCAUGAAGCUCAGAGGGGUAGAGGAGGUGGUGAUGGAUAUGGUACAGAACCAAGUGACGAUAAAAGGGGUGGUGGAACCGCAAGCGGUGUGCAUGAGAAUAAGAAAGAAAACCAAGAGAACCGCCAAGGUCUUAUCUCCGUUGCCGGCGACCGAGGGAGAACCCAUGCCAGAUGUCAUUUCUUCCCAGGUAAGUGGAUUGGCGACGGUGGAGCUGAAUGUAAACAUGCACUGUGAGGCUUGCGCUGCCCAACUUAAGAGAAAGAUACUCAAAAUGAGAGGGGUGCGAACGGCGGAGACAGAAUUGAGCAGCGGAAAAGUGACGGUGACGGGAACCAUGAACGCAGAGAGGCUGGUAGACUAUGUGUACAGACGCACCAAGAAGCAGGCCAGAAUCGUUCCGCAGCCGGAACCAGCUGUAGCACCACCGGAGACUAAGGAUAAUAAUGACGAGGAUCAGAAUAAGCCUGCCCCCAAAGAAGCAGCUGCAGCGGAAGCAAAUAAGCCGCCGCCGGAAGAGAAGAAAGAAGAAAACGCUCCGGCAGCGGCAGAAGCAGAGAAGAAGGAAGAGAACAAAGAAGGCGGCGGCGGGGGUGGUGACGAAGCUAAAAAAGAACAGAAGAAAGAAGGAGGUGGCGACGAAGGCAAAGCAGGAGGGGAUAAUGAAGAGCAGAAGCAGGAGGCGAAGGGAGGAGAUAACGGGGAGCAAAUGAACAUUGUAAAUGUGGAGGCGGAGGAAAGCAUGAAGAUGAUGAUGUAUAAUUACUAUCCACCGCUCUACGUCAUGGAGCGAAUCCCACCUCCUCAGCUCUUCAGCGACGAGAACCCCAAUGCCUGCUCCAUCUCUUAAUUUAAUUGAUAUAAAUAUAUUUAUAAUUUAGAGCGAAUCUCCCCCUGCUGGAUCCAUCGAUGCAUGCAUGAGAAUUUAGAGAACUCCGCCGGAAUGAUUAUAUAUAUUGGAAACCUGCGAGAUGAGAUUGAUGGAUCCAAGUUGAUGCAUCGAUGAUAUAUAUAAUAAAAAGUAUUCUACAUAUGCAUAUACAUGUAGAGUGCUCAUAUUGUAUCAUAUUGUUAUUCGUUAUAGUUAAAUGUGACACCUGCGUAUGAUAUUUGAUCCAUCCA